UUGCAGAUUACAACUAACAGUUUUUAUUCAAAAGGACUCACACAGUUCACAGCUUCAAACAUCAGCUUUGGACGGCGAUAUAAAACCUCAGUCCAUUUGAGAGAAUGACAUGCUGUUCAUUGGUCGAACUGACACAGCUUGAUAAUAGAAUAAGCUCGACUGGUACAGUUCACUUCUAUGUCAUUUCUAAGCACGACUUAACACAAGAAGUAUGAGAGGCAUCAACGUCUUGACCAACUUGGUCCUUCUGUUCAAUGUAACAAGUGAAUUUAUCGUCAACUCGACGGAUUACACACCAGCGGGCAAUUUAACUGACAUGAAAUCAACCCUAAAUCAGUCAGUCUCUCCCAUCAUUCCGAAAUCCAGACGGAAGCGUUACAUUUCUCAGUAUGAUAUGGUUGCCAUUCUCGACUAUCACAAUCAAGUGCGCGCGAGCGUCUUUCCACCUGCUGCAAAUAUGGAAUACAUGUUGUGGGACGAUGGUCUGGCCCGGACUGCAGAGGCCUGGGCAGCUACCUGUCUGUGGGAACACGGACCACCAUACCUGCUGAGGUUCUACGGCCAGAACCUGUCAGUCAGAACUGGAGGCUACCGCUCCAUCUUGCAGCUUGUGAAGCCGUGGUAUGAUGAGGUCAGGGAUUAUAUGUUCCCCUACCCCAGGGACUGCAACCCUCGCUGCCCUAUGCGCUGCUAUGGCCCCAUGUGCACUCACUACACUCAGAUGGUAUGGGCCAGUACAAACAGAGUGGGCUGUGCGGUCCAGACUUGCUACAACAUGAUGGUGUGGGGAGCCUUGUGGAGAGAGGCCACCUACCUGGUAUGCAACUACUCACCUAAGGGUAAUUGGAUAGGUGACCCCCCCUACAGUGUUGGGGUGCCAUGUUCCGCGUGCUCUCCCAGCUACGGAGGGUCCUGUAGCAACAACAUGUGCUACCCUGGGGUCCAGUCCAACUACCUGUACUGGUUCAAGUAAACCAACCAUGUGUAAACAAUAUGAGUUGUUAGGCUAUCCUUACCAUUAUUGUAUUCGAUGAAGCGUGUACUGGUUAUAUCUGUACUAUACUUUCAAUACAAUUCAAAACGUAUGAUAAAAAUAAUACUGUUGAUUUCGAGUGAAAAGCUAUUAUUGUACGUACUUGCCAUGUUGUAGCAUACAACUUUUUUUGAAGUCUUACCAUCAUAUUGAUGGUCAAAUGCAUUGAUCGUCUACUAUGUCUACAGUGUAAGUCAUCUUGUGAAUGGCAUUUUGUAGCACGACAAGUAGGCUACAGGGGUCAAGCUUCUGGCCUUAGGAGGACAGGAAGGGAGCAUGGAUUCACAAAGGUGCUGAACAAUCAACAUACAUGAUUUACUUCAACAAUUAAGGUUGUUAUAAGCUAUUAUGGUGCUUGCAUGGUUAAAACUACUCUCAAAGUCUUAUGUCCACAUUACAACAGUGAUCUGUGGAGUUCAAUCUCAAUGCAAUGAUUUACUUUUUUUUUUAUCUUCCAGAAAAUGUUUUUAUACCCGCUGCAGUUCAUAUAAGACUCAGGAUUCUAGAUGUUUUUGUUUCAUAUGUUUCCACCAAUGAGUCCUAAAUCAAAUACCUGUUAAGUGUUUAUGUCGAUUUUCAUAACACAUGCUAUAAACUGUAAUAAACAUGACUUGUCGCCCA